AUGGACAAGGGGCAGCUUUACAUCCUUCAUGCCGUUAUCAGCGGAGGAAUCGAGGUGUUACUUCAUCACAGUAUGGCUGGCACAAAAACCUAUCAUAUUAAAACCAUUUAUGUCCCUCUCCUCUAUGCCAUUGCACGCUAUAAGAAUGUAAACACGUAUAAGGACAUAUUUGGACAACUUAGUGGACCGAUACGCGAUGGAAGAUUACGAUUUAUAUUGGACUAUGAAAAGGCUGCAAUCCGAGCUGCAAAAGAAACGUUUCCAAAUGCGGACGUGCAAGGAUGUGCUUUCCAUCAAGCACGGAACCGCAAAACUGGAGGUUUAGGGCUUAGGCAGUUCAUUAAGGAACCGAAGAAGAUUGGGGCAGUUAUGAUUUGAAAGCUUCGUAGCAUAUUGUCAAGGCGGAUCAAUCCCCCCUUUGAAGAGCUUCUGGAAUGCUUCCGGGAGCAGCACACAUUAGCCUUGGCCAAAGUGCUACACGCGAAUGAGAAUAAUGCUGUCGCCAAACACCUGCGGAGAAGGGAUAGGCUCAGGCGGUAUAAAAUUAACGCUACAAUGGAAGAGUUCAGAAUGGCUCCAGAGGAACGAUAUUGUUGCAGCGGCAACAAUUAUUAG